GGAGGACGCGGCCACCUCGCCACAGUCGCUGCCGUGCUGCCGCUGCCGCUCUACUGCUCUUGCAGGUUCUGGCGUUCUGGGAUUGCCGAAGCUGCUGUCUGGGUAUCCUCCUGAAGCUUUCUGACUUCACAUACAGCUGCCGGUCGCGAUGAGGACUGGGAUCCUGUGCCUGGUGCUGUGGCUGGUGCUGGCGGCGGCGCGAUCUGCCCCCGGGGGCGAGAAGGAGGCGGCGCGGCUCAUGUUCGGCGGCUCCUCCAGCCAGGAGGCGGCGCCGCCCCCGCGCACCGUGACGCAGCUGGUGCUGCGCCGCGAGUGGGUCACCAGCACCACGCCCUCCUCCUGCGUCGUCGUCCAGACGUCGCUGCCCGCCUGCCGCAACCUGCGCCAGCUGGGAGCCGCCCUCAGGCCCUCCGUCACCGUCAGUAGAAUCGAGCCGACAAGAGCGGCGACGCUGCACGAGGCUGAAGGGGCAGCGGAGGGCCGCACGUUCGGCUGGUUCCGCGGCGGGUCGACGACGGAGGCGGCCCCGGCGCCGCAGGUGGUGCCCGGGCCGACGCCGGCGCUGGUGCUGCACGAGGAGGUGGUGGGCGGCGCCGGCGAGGCGGUGCUGCUGCAGGAGCAGCGGCCCCCGCUGCGCACCCUGGUAGUGGCGGCGCCCACCCACCAGGUCUCGCCAGUCACGCACACGCUGGUGCUCGAGGGGGCGGCCCAACCCGCCGGCGCGUCUAAGCACCACAUCGUGGUCAGCGGCGCCGAGGACGCCGGCGGCGUCUUCCUGGUCGAGCAGCCGCAGAGGCCCCUGCAGAAAGUCGUCAUCGCCGGCGCCGAGGACCAAUCCGCCAUCCACGGCACCACCAUCUUGCUACAGGGCGCCGAACCCCAGCAGCAAGUGGUGGCGGUGAAGAAGGGCGAGCAGCCGCACCGCUACUCGUGGAGCGAGUGGCUGGGCCUGGCGGCGCCAGCGCCGCGGGUGCCAGCCGCGGGGGCGGCGGCCGUGCAGGGGGCGGCCGCGGGGGCGGACGGCGUGGUGACGCUGCGCGGCACGCUGCUGCACACGGCGACGCGCGCCCACGUCGACCCCUCGCACGUCGUCACCUUCUCCGUCACCGGCUGCGAGCCCACGCGCCUGCCCUUCGACCUCGACUACUGCGAGGGUCACCGGCCCACCAAGGCCGCCGCCACCAAGGCCACGCCCACGAAGAACGUCAUCAUCAUCAAGGAGAUGGACGGCGAGAAGUAGGCGCCCCGUGCAACAGCCGCCCAGCACCGAGAAUCUCACCGCGAUUGCCCUCCUCGAUAUCCAUUAGUAUAGCGUGAAUUACUGUAUUUAAUGAUAUAACGUGACAUAAAUUAAUUCUCAGACUGAUAAUGUUAAUUCCUAUAAUAAAUGAGUACCUAAAGAAA